CCCACGUCCACCUCCACACCACCGCCGUGUGGAAAGGCGGUCGGUAGGGGCUGUUGUUGUUGUUGUUAUGGUGCUAGGUGGGUCGUUGUGUCGUCCGACGUUCCGCUACGAUGCAACUUGCUCCCCUCUGUUCACUUGGUGGCAGCCCGCAACUGGAAUAAAUCUUACGACGUUACAUUCGAAGGGGCCGCGGUGGAUUUCGUGAGCGUUAGGGAGUCGGAUUUGCCUGUGACAUGGGAUGACUUGGACGGCUUUAUGUUGGUGGCGGCCAGGACAAGUACAAGCGCGGUGGGCUACGUAGCGGAACGAAAGAAGUUCAACACUCACGUCAAGAUAAUAAUAAUAUUCGACGAUCCGGGUCCGUUACCGAGGCCAGGUUUUUUUUGUGUGUGUGUGACAACGGAGGCGUUGCACUACUUGACGAGAUAGCAACGUCGCUUGCGGCGGAUUUGGCCAAGUUUGUGUGAUUUAGUUGCACGGACACUCACGAUGCUCAAGCACUUAUCUGCGCUCUCGACACCCGCGGCAGCAUGGUGUCCUGUACCCAGGCUGGUGCUGGUGGCACGGCGAGGCCUCGCGAACAUCUCCGCUGCCGACGUCACCAACGCCCUGCGUCCGUUCUACUUCGCCGUGCAUCCAGACUUCUUUGGCCAGCACCCGCGAGAGAGGGCGGUGAACGAGAGCUCCCUGAAGCGGCUCAACGGGUACCUGGAGAGCCUGCAGAGGCCGGACACUCGCGCUCCACACCCGCUGCAUGUCACGUUCUACGUGCGCACUACGCAGGCGCCUCCUGCCGCCAUCAGCGCCGGCUUCACACCGGUGAGCUUCACGCUUCUCUCGGGCGACCUCGUGGCCACCGUGCGAGACAUCUUGAGCUCAUGCCGCCUGCCCACGCAGCACCUAGCCGGCCUCAAUGUGCGGCACUCUCCCGCUCCCGACAGGCCGAUCAAGUGGGACAAGACGUUCUACACCUUCACGGGACAGAAGGACCCCGACGAGGAGAUGCGGAAGGCCAAGGUGGCUGAGCCAACGCUUGGGGCGUGGCUCCAGAGGCACGGGCCCACGGCGGCCGAGAGGCUGCAGAAGAGCCUGCCGCUCCGCACGGCCGUGCAGAGGCUCAAGCAGGAGCUGUGUCAGCGCAUGGGGCUGCAGGACAUACGGUGGCAAAGGCAGUGGGGUGUGGCACACAAGAACAGCCAGCUGCACAGCCUGAGCCGAAUGGGACAGCAGUUCCCGCAGCUGGCACAGCAACUGAAGGGCCAGACGCUGCUGUUCACCGACCAGUCGGGAGUGAACGCCCUGGGGCACAUCAUGUUGGGCACCACGGACGUGCACCACCACUGGAUAAAGGCAGUGGAGGAGCGCCCACGCCUGUCCAUGGUGCUUGCCCAGCUGCGCGCCGCCGAGGAGCGCGCGCGCCGCAUGCUGGGCGGCGCGUCGCUCACCCAGCGCGACCCCCACGUCUCGGGCCUGUCGGCGCAACGGGCCCUAGCUCGCCUCAACCUCAUGCGGGAGUCGGCGCUGCGCGGGCCGCCCCUCUUCCUGCCGGGCAGCCUGCGUGACCUGAGGCUCAUCCUGGAGGGCUCGGAGUGCAGCCUGCGGCUCCUGGAGUCCGGUGUGUUCGAGGUCCCAGUCACGAGCUCGGCCGACGCCCUGCAGAUGUUCAUCGCGGGCAACGCCAGGGAGGCGCGCGCGCGCAUGAACGCGACGCAGAGGCUGGAGGCCGAGGCACUGGCACUGGUGAAGGAGUGCGCGGAGCGGCUGGGUGCCCACCGAUUGCGCGGUGAGGCCGGCCUCCCCCCGGCCGCCCUGGCCGAGUGCUGCCGCCGCUUGCUGCUGCUGCCGCCGCCACCGACGGCGCCCCAUCUGUCGGGGCUACGGGGAAUGCGCGUGUGCGUCUCUCGCUACUACGCAGUGUCGCAGGAUGGCGAGGUCGUCAUCCCGUGGCAGUGGCGCGGAUGAGUGCCGGCCUUCUGCUUCGGAGCGCUCCCUCCAUGUCCCCGUCGGGAGUAGGCGGGGAGGGACGAACGACCAAGCCGCGCUGGGGCCGUGGCGAAACAGCCCGGCCCGGCGCGGGUCAGGAGUCGCCAGUUUUUUUUUUCCCCCACUGCAGAACCGAGCUGUGCCGUGCAGUCGAUGUCGCGUGCAAUGGACGAGUCUAGUCGCGUGCAGACAACAAUGCGCGUGACAAAAAAUUCUAAACCGCCCCCAUGGCCCUGCUUGGCACCCGAGCCAGAUUCAGAUGUCUUUUGAGGGCAGCACGUGACGGUUUGGUCCUGGCUCAGCUUGGCAAGUAGCCAGUGGAAAACCACCCAUGCGUACUGCGACGGCCCCGGACUGGCACUGCUCGUCUGAGCGAGUGGACAAGGGCACGAGAAGUAUUCUCUAAACCAGGGACGUGGAACCCUUUUCCUUCCCCAGGGCCAAACGGGGCAUUCGCCUUUAGCGGGGUUAACAUUCGGUGACUCUAAACUUUUGUCAUGCUAGGACUUGUGCAUUGACUGCUCAUAACUACUUGAAAGGCAACAUGACUUGAGCGUGCAAAGCUUAGACGCGGUGUUGUUGUUCAGCCCAGCACAUUACCCUCGAGUCCCUGAUUAGUGCGGUGAAGAUUAUGGCAGCGACUGGUAAACGUCGUUUGCUGUUCGUUUCGAAGUGUUAGGCCUCAACGUGGCCGUGGGCCACGACUUAAGUCCCAUUUUUUACUUUUUUUUGUUUUGUUUACUCCGGCCUAUACUUGAGUUGACCUUGGUUUGGGCGUUGUGAGAUGCAGUUUUUGCGUGAACUACGCUAUAUGAAAUUGUAUUAUGAAAUGAAGUCGUGGGCUGUAGGUUUACCACCGCUGCUGUUCAAAGACCGAAAGCACCUCGCUCCCAUCGAUAUUUGCGCUGCUGUACGAUGAUGUUAAUGCAGCAGGCUAACGAUUCGGACAGUAGACCCUGUUCAGACAGACUACAUACGUCCAUGCUGGUAUAUCGCCAUCAUUCAUAAUUUAAAAUUUCCUACACUUCUGAUGGUUUUUGGCGAGGUCUGGCUUGGUUAUUACUAAGUGCAAUGAAGUUAGGGGUUUAUCGUUGAUGUUCUGUUCUCAAAGCCGUCGACAACUCCUUGAUUUAUGUACACGGACGUACAUAAUGUCAACUUAUGACUUUAUAUUAACUAGGGGAAGGAUGUUACUCAGUGUGGCAAAACGAUGAAACGCAUUGUGUAUAUUUGUACGUUGUUUUAAUAACAGCGGGAAUUUAAUACCGUGGUUGUAUUAAUACAAACCGAAUGUGUCAACUACCUAAAUGUGAUAAGCGGAUGUCAAAACGCUUCGCACAAAAGUGAGACCUGAAUUUUUAGGUCAUGGGAAAUUUAUAUUUCCCAGCAACCCUGCGCUUUCCUUCAUUUAAAUGUUGAGCUAGAUAUUUUGACAGAUGGAAUUGGGUCACUCACAGGCAGAGAAGAGAGCGAUCUUAAUAGUCUGGAAGUGAAAAGAUGAAUGUUAUCGGCUGUGUGGAUGACCAGAGUCUAGACGCCGGGAGCAGCAUCAGAGAAGAAGCACGCAUUUUUCCCGCGUGUAUUUCAUACAAGACGAGUUCCCUUGUGUUCUGUCUCCGUCUUUCACUCGGUCGUGCAUUACCUGAGACGAGAGGCCUUCCCAUGGGGCACAAUACAGGACAGACGUCACGGAACUCAAGGUCACUGAGAGUUCACACCGGAGCUGUGGACAAAGCAUUUAUUGUCGGUUGCAAUGUGGUAUUAAGACAACACCUUCCAAGGUAUAGAUCGCAUUUAAUCCCGAAUCGUUCACUACUUUAGCAUUUAGUGGGAGUGUGCUCUUCAAAGUGGAUCCUUCCAAAGCGUCCCUUGCCGAGUUUAACAGGUACACGGAGGUUAGCACGUGACCUAUUGACUGCAGAAUCAAUCUCAGCCGAGAAAGUUCGUGAUGCUGGCCCAUCUCUGCAAAUCCAUUUUUCCCAAUUUGGACAAUUUUGAUUGGGACAACCCCGACACCGAGGCAAGCGGGCAGGCAGGAGCACGCCGUUUAACACUUUCCCAGGCGGAACAAAUUGGCGAGGUUAAACUGGCACGUCCGCGGUAGUAAACGUCACGGACGUGGCCUCACCAGUGCUCCCAGAAGUCAUCUGCUUGGAUCUGACUCCAGUCACAAACCGGCUGAACAGACAACUCCAGAUCACGCGCGCACACUCACACUGCUGAGGAGGCUGCAGCCUCCCUCCCAAUGGGCUCGCGAUCCUCUGUACCAUCAGGGGGAAACUUUCACUGGGGAACUCUAAUAACCCGGUGUACCUACCAUGGGAGGACACACUGACCACAGCCGCAGCAGAACAAGUGCUGGCUGGCAAUGUCGAUCAUUCGGAAAAUCGGGGCGCAGCCCUUACAGAUUGCCAACUAGCACGAGGCGCUGGUACUUGCCUGGGUGGCAUUGCAGACGCUGUGAUUUCAGGGAAACCUGUCACACGGACGUUGUAAGACGCCUACCGCCCAGCUGCACUGCUGUCGCAACUGUGCGUGCAAUUGGGUUGCCACGAUAUUGCGUUCUGCGAUGUUGCCGUACAACGUGUAAGGUCCUCGAUAACCAAAUCAUCGUAUCGCGGUUAUAAUUUUUUCACUUUAUUUCCUGACCAAAAUGGUUUAAAUAACAAGCACAAAAAUUGUCGAUGUAACCGUUUCCCAGACUAAUUGACGGCAUGAUGGUAAUAUGACAAAGUAACAUUCGUAGUUUAUUUAUGAAUGUUAUCGUUUUUUUUCGUGGUUAGAUCGCGUAAAUAUAAAUGUGUCAUGAAACCCGCCACCACCCGACACAGCCAAUUAGUAAGGUUUUUCACGUAAACAGAACGUGCCAAUUCAUUACUAGUACAGCACACUGGCGUGUUGGAGAGCAAAUCCACAACAUUAACACUGAGUAUGACGUUCUGCCAGUAAUUACAACUAGCUUCAUCAGGCAACAGCCAGAUUUGUGGAGAAAUCCUCCUGUUUCGUUCCUUAAAUAGAGAGAGAGAUGUGAUGACAUCACUUGUGAGCCCUCCACGUGAGGGAGGGUGGGAUUAAUGGGUAUCCAUUGGGUUUAACGACACAUUUAUAUUUACGCGAUCUAAACAAAAAAACAAACCUCUAUUAUAGAUGAUAUUUGUCGCGAAAGCCUACGUGUUAAACUGAGUUUAUUUAUUAACUGUUCAAGCCGACAGCAUUUGCGUUACAAGCAUUUUAAAAUGUAUAGUUGCAACGGUCGGAUAAGUCUUGUGGCAGGUUUGCUUUGAGUGAAAUGUGAGUUGACGUUUGAGUAAUCUUUAUCCCGACUGGAAGUCGGGAUAAUCUUUAUCUCGACUGUAAGUGCAGCACAGCAAAAAAAACCUAUAAAAUCGUGAAAUGCCAUCUCGAGAAUUUCGGUUAAGAAUGAUGAUAAUCGUCAUCUUGUGAAAAUCUAUUUCGUGUCGUAUCGUGAACAACGAAUAUCGGCAUCAAUCCCAGUCCGGGUGGAUUGCACAGUAACAUUCACGGCAGUGAGCGUCAGUUGCCUGGUGGGCACAAUGAGAUUCCCAUAUUCGUUCAGUAUUAGCCAACGCAGUACUUUGCAAGCUCGCGCUAUUAGUCACAAUUGAAGAUUGCACACGUACCAAUAUCAAGCCAUGUGUUACGUAGUUAGUUUUUGUCAUUUUCACGUUUUUUGUUAUCGUGGUAUCCAUAAUGUAUUACUGAAGAAGUGUAAAGCGAAGCCGUAAAUGGGGUCAUGUUCUCGGUAAAUGGAAUGGAAGCUGAUAUCAAUUUUUCAAGCUUGGGGUGAGUGUGUGUGUGGGGAGCGGUGGUGUAGCGGUUAGCGCCCUGCGCUAUGAACCUGGCGACCCGGGUUCGAUUCCCGCUCACGACCAACACCAGUGACGAUUAUCUGAACCGGUCCUGGGCCUCCCCUAGGUCAACUCAGCCUCCAAUGAGUACCUGGUGCGGUGUGUAAACAUUACCACUAGGGAGACAAAGACGGUCGGGCGUGGUGCUAGCCACCCACCCCCUCGUGUACCGUUCUGGCCUUCAUAGGUGCUCGCUAACAGCAGUUGCCCCUACAGUCUGUUAAGGCUACACGGGGGAUCUUUGUCUUUGUUUUAGGAACGCAACAGGGCACCUCCAAGUGGCUCGAGCUUGUCCGUGCAAUGUGUCACGUGAUGGAUGCGGUGGCGGCUUCCUCAAGUUGUGCCCGCACGUGCAAUACAAGCCAAGCGUGCCACCAAAGACAAAGAUCCCCCAUAUAGCCUUAACAGACAGUUGGAGCAAGUGCUGUUAGCGAGCACCUGUGAAGGCCGGCACGGCAUACGAGGAGCCGAUUGGCCAACACCACGCACGGCCGCCUUUGUCUGCCCAGUGGCGAUGUUUAUACACCACAACAGGUACUCAUUUCAGGCUGAGUCGACCUAGAAAAAGCUUAGGGCCGAUUCAGAUAAUCGUCACUGGUAUUGGCCGUGAGCGAGAAUCGAACUCGGGCUGCUGGGUUCUCAGCGCAGUGCGUUAACCACUACACUACCGCUUCCCCAGUGUUCCACCACACACACACAUAUACAUCGGCUGCGUGAGCAGAUGUGGAAUCGUGGAAAAAUAACAGUUGUUCGUCCUGUUGAGAACGCAAGAGACCUUUAUAACGGUCUCAUUUGCAAGAGUGCCCUGGGUAAAUCGAGGCCAAGUACGCACGAAAUAAAAACCUCCGUGAAAUAUUC